UGCGCAUGCGUGUCAAAAAAAAAAAAGUUCGGUGGCGUUAGCUCACCGCUCCGAGUCACCUUUUUACCAGCGCGAGGAAACGUUUUCCGUGUAAAACGCGCUGCUAUUGAGACAGCUUCGUGGGUGAACCUAGUCCGUCUUCGCUCUGGGCUUCCGUGGGCACCACAACUUCUUCCCUGGCGCCUGUAUGACUUCCAGCAAGCGGGGGGGAAAAAUUAUGUCGGUUGGCUGAAGUUUUGUGUUUACUAACUGGCUAACUGGGUAGCUCGGUUAGCGCGUUGCGACCGUCUCCCAAGUGACCCGUAAGGGCGCGCGAGCUGGAACCCAGACACGUUGGUGCCGAGAAGCUAAAACAGCGGCUGUUUUGUCACGCGCUGUCGGCUUCAAGCAUAAACGCGGUCCUCUCACACAAGACGAGAAAGCCCUCAAACCGACUUGAGACCUCGGGCUCCGAGUUGUGAAACGCCUUCUCUGCAUCGCCCACACUGUGGACACGGAUGAGACGUCAGGCUCAGAGCGUCCUACCUGCCACCGGUGCCCCUCCGUGUCGGACCUAGUUCCUCGUCCAGGUCCGCCAUGGGCCCCCUGGUCAUCCAGUGACAAUCGGCGGACAUAGAGAGAGAGAGAGAGCGUCCAGAGCUCCUCCAGCCAUGGGAGGAUGCGUGGGAAGAUACUGGGAAGACUCGCAGAACCGAGGGUCGUCCAGGAACGGUGGACGAGGAGGCCGUAACGAGCCGCUGAAGAAAGAGCGGCCCAAGUGGAAGAGCGACUACCCCAUGACGGAGGGCCAGCUGCGGAGCAAGCGGGACGAGUUCUGGGACACGGCGCCGGCCUUCGAGGGCCGCAAGGAGAUCUGGGACGCCCUGAAAGCCGCCGCCGUGGCCCUGGAGUGCAACGACCACGAGCUGGCCCAGGCCAUAGUGGACGGGGCCAGCAUCACGCUGCCCCACGGGACUCUCAGCGAAUGUUACGACGAGCUGGGGAACCGCUACCAGCUGCCCGUCUACUGCCUAGCGCCGCCCGUCAACCUCAUCUCAGAGUGCAGCGACGAGGACCCCAGCGACAGCCCCGAGCCGCCCGUAGCAUCUAAGAAAGAGUUUCAGCUCAAGGUACGACUGUCCACGGGGAAGGACGUGCGUCUCAGCGCCAGCAUGGCCGACACCAUCGGGCAGCUGAAGAAGCAGCUGCAGGCCCAGGAGGACAUGGACGUGCUGCAGCAGCGCUGGUUCUUCUCCGGUAAGCUGCUGACGGACAAGACGCGGCUGCAGGACACUAAGAUCCAGAAGGACUUCGUCAUCCAGGUCAUCGUCAACGCACAAGCGUCCGGAGGCCCCAGAGCCUCGCCCGUAACCAGCACCCCCCCACCCGCGCCCCAGUGAGCCGCCGAUAGCGGGGCGAAGCAGCAGAGGGAUCCCUUCUCCUCCCCCAUCUGACGCUGCUGUUACUGGGAGAAAGUGGAAGUUUUGGACUCGAAGCGGAAAAAAGAGGGAAUAAAUGAAAAGUGCUGCUUCCUUUCAUUCAACACAGUUUCUGUUUGUUCAUCUCCUCUGGAGGAGCAGAGCGCCGCAAACCCUCGCCCUCUGUUAAGCACUCAUAGGUCAAAGCGCUGCGCUGCCUCACGCCGGCCUCUCCUCGCCCGUCACAGCUGCUCACAGACUCCGCCUCGGCGCCUUCAUCUGCAUCAUCCAGUGCCAACCGACGAGACGCAGACGGGUCGGCGUUGGAUUCUCCCCCCCACCGCCCGUCAGCUCCGCCCCCUUCUCCUCCACCUCCCUCGGUGGAGCAGAAGACGGGAGACGACUUCUUUCCCGUUCUCUUAUCAACAAAAUACUAACUGAGCUGUUUUGCACAUUUACAGGUUCUUGCUAUACUUCUGCGGUAGAUUGUGUGCCUUCAAGAUAAAAAAAAAAAAGAGGAUUUUAGGUUUCCUAUUAUAGGCUAAACCCUGUGUAUUUUUUUAGAGUCAAAUCAAUGAUUGCUGUCACUGCUGCCCUUUAUUAUGCUGUCUUCUACAUGUGUUGAUGCAGGAGAAGAAACCUCGUUCACCCCAUGAUAAAACCCAGUUUUCUGUAGAAGGCUGGUGUGUAACCAAGAGUUCCUUCCAGCUGCCUUACUGACUGCUUCAUGACCACUAGGUGGAGCCACACCGCCCUCCGUGUUGUCCACUCAGCCCCCCCCAACACCUUCCUGUGGAGGGGAUUUCUCUCUCUCUGUCCAGCUGAUGAUUGUAAUCACUUGGUAGCCCAGUAACUAUACGGGGACGCGUCUCUUCACCAGCCAGCGGACAUGGCCACGUGGAGCGGUGAGUCAAAGCUGCCAUCCCACGCCCAUAGAAGGACGUAGACUCAUUGGUGGGUUCCAAUGGCCGCUGCAGCACCUCGUUUUAGUUUUAGUUGUCCUAUCUUAGGGAUUGUUAGGAGCAGUUUGCUACGGCGGGUUUACUUGCUGCCUCAAUGCGCCCCCAUUAGGCUAACAGUGAAGCUUGAAAAAACGAUGAGUUGGGAAGCAUAGAUCAGUCUGAGACUUGGGAACGUAAAUAUCUCGCUGAGUAAGACUGACAGCUCUCAAACCCAGUUUCACUCGCUGUCCCAUUUUCAGCCGUUUUAGAAAUAAAGCUACAUGCUGCCAAGUUGAAUACAUGAAAGGAUAUUUUAGUUUUUUUUUAUAAUGCAAACUGAGCUCAGCAGUUUAGGCGACGAUGCCUUUUCAAGCGUUUUUAUGGGAGAGGCCGCUCACACCAGCUCUGACUCAACCUCCCAGAGGAUCAAAGAUGGCUGUUAGCCGCCAGAUGCAGGGACUGCUAAAAACCCAAACCCUCUGAGCCUCAGGAAAGAUUCCCAAUAUGGAUCGGAUUUUUAGUUUUUUAUUCUAAGCUUCCCUUUAAGCUUGACAUUACCGACAGUAAAACUCUAUUUAAAACAAAACAGACUAUUUGGACCGAUUGCAGCUCUGUUAAAAAAGCUUUUAGCCAAAAACAAAUGGAAUCCAUUGUUCUCAUGUUACCACGCAGUCGAUGGCAAAAUUUCCAAGUCAAAUAACUUUUGAUACUCGAGCUGAAAGACUUCUUAACUUGUGCACUGAAAUCGUGAAGGUUUCCUGACCCCUAUCAGUGGCCUGAGCUCCUUUUUAGUAGGACGCAGACAAAGGGGCCACGUUUUUCACUUUUCCUUGUUGCUGAGCACUGCCAGUCAGCUGCCUGAGCUGUGUUGAUAAGGCGAUGCUGUGAAACGGUACAUUGUACCGGCCCACGCCUCAUCCCAGUUAGCAGAUUGGUCUUUAACAUUUAUCCAGUGGGAAUAUUCAGGAGAAAUGACCAGAAACAAUCUCAUUCUCCUCCUAAGAUCUGAGAUCAAAAUGGAAAACAUUGAACCAUUGUUACUCCCUGGUCAGGUGAGUUUCAGACCUGUCUGACAGCAGGUAGAUGAGCUUUAAAUGUGACGACUGGCUGUUUUCACUCACCGCUCCUGUUGCUCCAUGGUCCAGCAGAGCCAUCACCUAACCCUGUACCAGGCCUUCUUAAAGGGAUUCUCCACCCACACUGUUGCAGACUUGAACAACCAGUUUUUCCCCCACAUGUGCAAUACGGUAGACCUUGCGGUGUUUGCGGUUCUGGAUCCAGCCGAGGAGCAGCCGCGGGUCGUGUGAGAGUAGAGCCCAGAGCCGGGUACAGGCCAGCGGGGCUCACCAAGUCAGAUAAUCAGCAGCAGCGGCCCUCCGUGGUCUCUAAGGGGUAUCUUUGCACUGAAUGUACUCACCCCUGUUCUUGAAUGGACCUGAGCAGUCUGACCCCCUAACCUUCGCUGAGCAGUGAGUCCUGCCAGUCUUAGCUGUGAAGCCUGACCCUCUCUCCCGUUCAGAGGGGGGAGUUCAUUGAUCACGUCUGUCGUAACGCCAUCUCUGCUGAUUGAGCCCCGAGUACUUCUCUGGCCUUUUCAUUUAGACGUUUAUUCGUCCCUGUCCUUGUCCUUUGUCUCUUUAUCUUUAUUUAAACUAAAAGGGACUUAAAGGUUUGCAAAGAACCACAAAACAAAUCUUUCUGCAGUUCUUUGGGGCCGAUGAAGCAAGCCGUAAAGACUGAGAGUCUUUAACCGUCCACCUUAAACGGCUCCAGAUCCAUUAGCAGCUUCAUCAGACGUUUGAGUUUUAUCCCAGCUUCUACUGCGUAUCUGUAAGCAGAGCAUUUAGUGCUUCCUCUUCGCAGACCUGUUCAUUUCUCUGAUUGGUUAAGAAACCAUGUUCUAUCAAAUUACACUAAGAUUGUAAGGAUUGCUUUAAAUCAUCUUAGAAGCGUGCCCAAAGCUUUAAAAAGAAUUAUUAGAAUAAUUUAUGGGGUCUUCUAAUUCCGACGUUCGGUGAACAACAUUUUGUUAUUGUAAAUGUUUUCUUUUUAAUGGUUUUAAAACUCCCGCUCUGUACAAUCUGUGACACAAAGCCAUGUGAGUAAGAGGGUUCCCUAGACGGCGUGUUGGACAAACCUCUCCUCUUCAGCGUAUUCUCCAGGACGUACGCCGCCCAGCGCAGGUCCGCUUCUCGCUCCGUCUCCUCUGGUCUUUGCUGCUCUCCUCCUCUUCCUCCUCACCCCUGAGAGUUGCUUGGAGCGCGACACAAAUGUUUUGUUAGUUUUCAAAGCUGUGAAUUUCUCUCACUUGAGUCGUUUCGCCUGUAUUUGGUUUUGCACGUUUGGGGAAGAAAUUUCUUUUUUUUUUUUCUUUUUUUUUACCAAAAGCGGUUUAUUUUUGCUGGGAUCAUUUUUUCUGAAACGUUAACCUUCUGGGAGGGAAAUUCAGUCAGAAACGUUGAGAAGUGUUGCUUGCUGGAUUCCCUCAGAGAUUGGAGUCUCAGCCCUUCAGUCUCUCCACAUUGGAAACUCUGGGUAUUGUCAUCCUCAGCCUGGAGCAGCAGAAGUAGAAUCAGUAAAAUCAAUGACAUUUGGGUACAUUUCUACACCUCAGAACAGAAAACCUGACAAAGUGAUCUAAAAAUUGUACCCAUUCGCUUUCACACUACACAAAUGGACCACAACUACAGCUAUGAGAUAAAAUCAGAUGAAUAAAAGCCAUAACAGGAGACAAAGAGAUUUUAAUAUUCUGAAAUCAGCAGCGGCUACCACUUCAUGUAUUACUAUUCUUGCCUUUAAGAACUAUAAAUGCCCUUAUGCUAUAGGGUUAGCUUAGACUUUCUCAUUGUUUUCACAGCAGAACAGCCAUAUCUAAAGCACUAAAAUAUGUUUUAAAAUGGAUUUAUUUAGUCAGAGAGAAAUGUUAUGGAUAUUAUGAAUAUAUUUACAACUUAUUUUACUGUUAAGUUCAUUUACAUGCUGAUUUCAUGUAAAAUCAUGUUUUUAAACUGUUGAAUAAAGUUAAACUUGUAAAAAAAA